AGGAGUCUGUGUGGAAAAUGGCGUCGCUGCUUCAGCUGGAGAGGGUGUUGUAUCUCGUUAACGGCGAAAAGAAAAUCCGGGCCCCUUUGUCACAGCUUUACUUUUGCCGCUACUGCAGUGCGUUGCGCUCACUAGAAUGCGUGUCUCACGAGGUGGACUCUCACUACUGCCCCAGCUGUUUGGAGAAUAUGCCCUCAGCUGAGGCCAAAUUGAAAAAGAACAGAUGUGCCAACUGUUUUGACUGUCCUUGCUGCAUGCAUACCCUUUCCACUCGAGCUACUAGCAUCCCAGCGCCACUCCCAGAUGACCCAGCCAAAACCACAAUGAAGAAAGCUUAUUAUCUGGCUUGUGGGUUUUGUCGUUGGACAUCAAGAGACGUUGGUAUGGCUGAUAAGUCAGUAGCCAGUGGUGGUUGGCAGGAGCCUGAGAACGCGCACACCCAAAGGAUUAACAAAUUGUUGGAGUACUACCAGCAGCUGGCACAGAAGGAGAAGAUUGAGCGUGACCGUAAGAAGCUAGUGCGCCGCCGCAAUUACAUGCCACUGGCGUUUUCUCAACACACAAUUCAUGUAGCGGAUAAAUAUGGCCGAGGAACACGACUGCAGCGCCAAAGACCCGGAGUUCCAAUCACUCCCCUGGCUGGAUUGACUCUCAAAGAAGGAGAAGAGCAGAAAGAGGUAAAGAUUGAGCCAGCUCAAGCAGUGGAAGAGGUAGAACCUUUACCAGAAGACUAUUAUACAAGACCUAUCAACUUGACAGAAGUUACAACUCUGGAUCAGCGUCUCCUGCAGCCUGACUUCCAACCCAUACGUGCCUCACAACUUCACCCUCGCCACAAACAUCUCUUAAUCAAGCGCUCCCUGCGAUGCCGGAAAUGUGAACAUAACCUGAGCAAGCCAGAGUUUAAUCCAACAUCCAUCAAGUUUAAGAUCCAGCUGGUGGCUCUGAGCUACAUCCCUGAGGUGAGGAUCAUGUCCAUUCCGAACUUGCGUCAUAUGAAGGAGAGCCAAGUCCUGCUGACUCUGACAAAUCCUGUGGAAAAUCUCACACAUCUGACCUUAUUCCCUUGUCAAGAGGGGGAUUCUGAUGACCUCCAUAGCACAGCCAAGGUUAUUGUACCAACCAAGGAACUGGUUUUAGCUGGUAAGGAUGCAGCAGCAGAAUACGAUGAGUUGGCUGAGCCACAAGAUUUCCAGGAUGAUCCAGAUGUUGUUGCCUUCAGAAAGGCCAAUAAAGUUGGUAUUUUCAUCAGAGUCACUCCCCUUGAAGAAAAAGGAAAAGUGAUAGUGAGCUUUAAGCUCAAACACGAGUUUCGAAACCUGGCGGCUCCCAUCCGACCAGUGGAAGAUAACGAAUCCAGCUCUGAAACUGUGUGGCUCACUCACCACGUAGACCUCGACCUCGGCCCUGUGGUCCCUCCACCCUUAUAAAGAAAUGGCACUCUAGUUCCUAUAGAUGAACAACUGAAUAGGAGAGGGAGUGCGGCAUUUCCUCUCAAUAGCAAAUGGGUCAACAUGUGGAGGUUCUGCCAUUCCAUGUUCAUGUAUCUGAAAGUUUCUGUUGAGCUGUGUUUUAAUAAAGCAGUUACACCAUAA